UCCUCCUCCUCCUCCUCGCUGUGCCAGCAUGAAGACACCGAGCCUCUUCCUCCUCAGCGCGGCGUGUCUCUGCGCUGCGGUCGCGGGGAAUUCGACACUGGAGAGCUCCGGGGACAGUGUCCCCCCGGCCAAGAAAGAGAAACCUGCGAAAAUCAAUGAAGAAAACGGUGUCCUCGUGCUAAAGAAAAGCAACUUCGACCAGGCUCUUAGGCAGCACAAGUACUUGCUGGUGGAUUUCCAUGCUCCUCUGUCUGGAGACUCUCAGAGCCUGUCCCGGGAGUUCACCGCUGCUGCCGCCCGGCUGAAGAGUCAGGGCUCUAGGAUCCGUCUGGGUCUGAUCGAUGUGUCCAAGGAGAAGGACCUGGCCAACGAGCUCAACGUCACUGCCUAUCCAGCCCUCUGGUUUUACAUCUCAGGCGAUAAAGAAAACCCUGUCAUCUGCCCAGUGCUGAGAACAGCUACCUCCAUCGUGACCUGGCUGGAGAGGAGGACAGGCCGCAGUGCAGAGCUCAUCAAGGACCGCAGCCAAGCAGAGGAGUUCUUCAAGUUGGGCGAUGUGGUCGUCCUGGGCUUCUUCCAGGACCUGGAGGAAGGUGCGGUGAAAACCUUUUACGAAGCCGCUGUUGACAUCCCUGACCUGCCCUUUGGAGUGACCAAAAACAAGAGCCUGUUCAGCAAAUACAAAGUCAGGAAAGACAGAGACACGGUGGUGUUAUUUAAACAGUCUGAAGUGCUCAAAGAAUACGAAGUCUCCAGUGAGACCCUGAAAGAGAGUCUGAUCAAAUUCCUCAGGGUGCAUGAAAUGGAUCUGGUGACUGAAUAUAACGGAGAGACGUCAGUGAAGAUAUUUGGCUCUCUCGUGACCAAUCACAUUUUACUGUUUGCAAACAAGAGCGCAGAAGACUUUAGAGACCUCCACGGGACCUUUGAGGCUGUUGCUGCCGAAUUCAGGGGCGAGGUGUUGUUCAUUUUUGUUGACACCGACGAAAGCAGAAACGGGAGGAUUUUUGAGUAUUUCCGAGUGCGCGAUGUGGACGCUCCGGCCGUACGGAUUGUGAAUUUGACAGACAAUGUGCAGUACCAGAUGCAAGCAGAAGAGGUCACUGUUGACAACGUGAGGAAAUUCUGCGGGGAUUUUAUAGAUGGCAAAGCAAAGCCCAAACUGGAGAGCGAACCCAUUCCUGAAAACUGGGACAAACAUCCAGUGAAAGAACUUGUUGCCGUGAACUUUGACAGAGUCGUUUUCAAUGACGAGAGGAACGUUUUUGUGAUGUUUUACGCUCCGUGGUCGAAGGAAUGCCAGGAGCUGUUCCCCGUUUGGGAGAAGCUGGGCAAGGUGUACGGACACCACGAGACCGUGGUCAUCGCCAGGAUAGACAGUGCCGCUAACGACGUCCACUCCGUCCUGCAGGAGCGCCACCCCGCCUUCAAGUUCUUCCCAGCAGUCCUUGCAGAGAAGGUGGUCCCCUAUGCUGGGAAAAGAACUUUAGAAGACUUUGUUCAGUUUGUUGAGGAUCAAAUUGAGUUAGCCAAAGAACAGAGAGCGAAGGAGGAAGAAGACACAAGGAAGAUGGCUGAGCCAGAGAACUCCGAGGGGAACCAGAGGGAAGAGUUGUAGACUGGCCCAGAGCGAGAUCUCUCAGAUUCAGUGGUGUAUGAGUCAGUGCUUUGUGCUUUCUGGCUGCAUUUUUAAGUGAAUGUCUCAAACUACAAACGCUCUGUUGAUAAAUAACAGCACAAGUGGAUGUGCAGAGGUCUGGCUGUGGUGCUGGAAUGCAGCACCACCAGUCUGACUGCAAUCUCAUCUGAAUGGUACUGUACAAACAGCCAGGGCCUCCACCUUCAUACAGGAUGCCUCCCAGUCACCAGGUGCCUGGCUCCACCAUUCGCACUCUCUCAGUCCUGUUAUCCCCUGAUGGGAGGCUGAGGCCAAGACAAAAUCCCUCUCAGAAUAUUGGCACUCAAGACAAGUCAUCAUUGGAGCCAUUUUGAACCCUUCACUUGAUGUCUUUAAAAAUGUACACAAUAAAAGAUCAUACU